AUGAAUGUACUUGUUGCGGAAGAACUUGUUCUCCCUCGAGAUACGGAAAGCUUCUUCUUGAAAUCCCCUACCCUUACCGACUUCUUCGCCCGACAACCCUGUUCUACGUGGCCUCUUCAACCAUUCUCUCAUCCCAAGCUCGAACGCGUAGCAGUGCACUGUUCCUCGGCUUAUGUCGCCGAUUUUAUGUCCGCAACGACCUUGCCAUCUCUCACGGAUCUCGCUGUUUCCAGUAUAUCAUACCAUGACUCAAAGAUGGAAGACGUACUUAACGGCCUCGUCCAUCGCUCGGGGUGCCGGUUGAGACGGCUUAACAUCCUCAAUGGGUGGUCUCACGAGAAACGGCUAUUGGAACAGCACAAGAUCAGCAAAGCGUUGGCGAUCCCGGUCGUGAACUGUGAACUUGACUGGGACAACAUGACGAUGAUGCACGAGCUGAAGACCGAGUGGUACGAGCGGGAGUAUUUCGUGGAACCUAAGCCCUAG